GAGAUCAAGCAAAAGAAAGAAAAGUUUUAACACCCGUACGUAACAAACAGACAAAAAAUCAAGCUAGACGACGAUUACCAAGAUGGUUAAACCGAGAAUUUAAAUCGAUAAUUAAACAAGAGUAUAAUCUCGAAGACGUACAAAGACGAAUCAAAUUUCAUGAUCCAACUCUUUACGAAGAGUUUUUGCAAGCAGUAGUGUCUAUUUUAACGGAAUGUGAAAGAUACAAGAUGAAAAAAACAAAUCAUGUUUAUGUAAAGUAUCAAAAGAUGCGUGAUGAUAUUUUUAAAGCAGAAGACAAGAAUCAAUUAGUAAAAAAUUUAGCAACAUCAGCGCACUUUCACAAAUUUGAUCCAUAUUUGUUUCGUUACAAACCAAAAUUAAUUCGACCAAUAUUCAUAUUAGAAAUGUAUUUUAAAGAACUUUCAGAGCAAAUUAGUGUUGAAAGACGUAAAGUUUUAAAAAAAUUAAUAAAAUAA